ACUGUCAUUGGUCAUCGUCUGUGAAGUAUCGUUUGACACUUUGAUAAUUGUCUGAUUGUGCCUUAUUGGCUGAUAGUUGUUGAAAAGAUAUUGGAAAUUCGCCCCAACAUUUUCAGAAGGCGCUCGAAGAGUAUUUACAUUUCAUCAUGACGUUGGGAAACAUAAAAAGGUUAACUAUCAGCAAUUACAGGAAUAACUAAACAUAAACAAACAGGCAACAAAAUAACGUGAAUAACGCCUGAACAUAAUAAUUGCUAGAGGGGAGGAAAAAGUGUGCAAAGUCGCUAACGAAAUUAAUUAACGCGCGGAGCAGAAAAACAAUUUGUCGACAUUAUUAUUAAGAUUUUGAAGUUGUAGUGAUAACGUGUUACAUGUUAGUUGUAGUAUCUUAAGGAUUGUGUGGAAAUGUCACCGCCAAAAAGCUGUGCUGUUUGCGGCGAUAAAGCAUUAGGAUACAAUUUUAAUGCUGUUACUUGUGAAAGUUGUAAAGCUUUCUUUCGUAGAAAUGCCUUGGCGAAGAAACAAUUUACCUGUCCUUUUAGUCAAAAUUGCGAGAUUACUGUGGUUACGAGACGAUUUUGUCAAAGAUGUCGUCUGAAAAAGUGCAUAGAUAUUGGUAUGAAGAGUGAAAAUAUCAUGUCAGAGGAAGAUAAGCUGAUCAAACGACGUAAGAUUGAAAAUAACCGAGCUAAACGCCGUCUCAAUGAUAAUAAAGCCGGUUCGAUCACAGACAGUGCGGCUUUUGAUACGGUUUCACACGACUCACAAAGCUCUUUUGACAGCGGCAAAGGCACUGGUAGUAAUAAUAGCGGAUCAGCGGCUUUGGGUAAUCAGUCAUCACCGAUGAGCGCUAAUGUGCCAAUAAGAUCACCAAUCUUAUUAGAAUCGGACGGUGAGGCAAAACCUGAACUAAUGACCAGUGAGGAAAUAGUUGAAUUUAUUGUUUGUGAUCCCGAUCGAGCAUCGCAAGUAAUAAGUAAAUUAAUGCGUACAAAAGAUGAAGCGAUAGCUAUAGUGGAGAAAAUCCUCACUUCGCAAAAAGAUGCACUCCGGCUCGUCUCACAUUUGAUUGCAUUCCCUGGUGACGCUUUGAAAAUUAUUAGUAAAAUAAUGAAUUCACCAUUUGAUGCACUAACGGUGUUUACGAAAUUUAUGAGUUCGCCUACUGAUGCGUUAGAAAUCAUUUCGAAAAUUGUUAGUUCACCUCAGGAUGUUGUGCAAUUCAUACGAAAUCUUAUGGAAUGCCCUGAAGACGCGCUGGAUAUCAUGAAUAAAUUUAUGAAUACACCUGCAGAAGCGCUGCGUAUAAUCAAUAAAAUAUUCAAUACAUUGAAUCCACCAACACGCAGCGAUGAAUUGCAUAAACUACUCUUAGAUGCCACAAAGGAAAACAAGGAUAGAUCAUUCCAGCCAACACAAGGGCCUAUCGAAUCGGAAAGUGCUGAAAAUGGGAAUUACUUGCUGCAUUCAAUGCUCAAUAACAGUCCCGUUAUGACGCAAGAUAUUGUAAAUGGCUUGUCUCCUCGCGAUCAGCAUGCAUUGUCGGUGAACUCUGACCUAAUGGUUGAAUCGCCUAUAAAUAUACAAGGCAUGACAAUAAGAACGGACACACCGGACCACACGCUAUCACCCCUACAAUCUCACACAUUGCAGCUGGGGUCUACAGCAGAUAUACCUUCUGUGCAAGGUUGCUUAGAAAACUCACCACAAGGUAUUUCUAUUGCGUCUACAGAUUGCACUAUUGCCAAUCACACUUUGCAAUGCAACUCACCCACAAACAUACAAUCCAACAUUGAACUGCCAAGCACCUCAGCCGGACUCAUGAGUCCAAAUUCACCUACAGACAUAACGGCUGAUACGGCAGACUUUAGUAGUGAGCACUUCGAUAUAAAAACAUUCAUACAAAAUUCAUUUCCUGACAACGCAAGUGGCGGAGACAGCUUAAACUCAUUGGAGUCUGUGCUGUCCGAGGUGAUAAGAAUUGAGUUUCAGGCCUUCAACAAUUUACCGCCAGAGCCGCGUGUAAAGCAAGAACAAUUUCAAUAUCAAACAAAUAAUAUGACAAUGCAUAAUUCAGAGCAACAACAACAACAACAGCAACAAUGUGGUUACAGUGGUUGCAAUACACAAUUGCAGCAGCCAUCAAUUUGCUCGCCAACGACUGCUGUAAUGGGGCGUGAUCUCAAUGAAGCUGAGCAAAUGAAAUUGCGUGAGCUGAAAUUGGCCAGCGAGGCACUCUAUUACCCAAUGGACAAUGAUCUAUCUGUACUCAUGAUGGGCGAUGAUAGAGUUAAGCCAGAGGACACGCAUCAGGAUCCGAAACUAUUACAGGUGAUCAAUUUAACGGCAGUCGCCAUAAAGCGUUUGAUAAAAAUGGCCAAAAAGAUAAGUGUGUUCCGCGAUAUGUGUCAGGAGGAUCAAGUGGCGCUACUCAAAGGUGGCUGCACUGAAAUGAUGAUCAUGCGUUCCGUGCUAACAUAUGACAACAAUCGCAAUACGUGGAAGUUGCCGCACGUUUCCAAUACGGCGCAUAUACGCGCCGAGAUCCUGAAGCAAGCUAAAGGGAAUAUUUAUGAGGAACUUUUGAAAUUUGUGGGCACAUUCGAUGAGAAGUGGCGCAUGGAUGAAAAUAUAAUUUUGAUCAUGUGCGCCAUUGUGCUCUUCACACCGACGCGUGCGCGUGUGAUACACGCGGAUGUCAUACGUUUGGAGCAGAAUUCUUAUUAUUAUCUUCUGCGAAGAUAUCUGGAGAGCGUCUAUCCUGGUUGCGAAGCAAAAUCAGCUUUUAUUAAGUUAAUACAGAAAAUUUCGGAUGUUGAACGUCUGAAUCAAUUUGUGAUUGGUGUUUAUUUGAAUGUGAAUCCCUCACAAGUAGAACCGCUUUUGAGGGAAAUAUUUGAUUUGAAAAAUCAUUAGUUAACUAUUAGUGACGGGCGUACUAAACGCUUGCAUACCUUACAUAUAAUUGUAUAUGUAUAUAAAUAUAAAUACUGUUGGAAUUACUAUAUAUAUAUAGUAUAUAUAGAGAGAGCGUAGCAUUGCUUUGCAGUUUUUUUGUUUUGUUUUUACUUAUUUUUAUAUGCGCCAGUAAUAUGUUUAGGGACAGUGUAGAUCAAUUAUAUAGUUUUACAGUGCUACCUUAGGGCAUUAUCUCAAUAUAAUAUCACUGCACGUUUAGAGAAGUUCACCCAUUUUAAAAUAAAAAAAUAAGAAAUUUAGUAGGUUCUUUUAUAAUAAUAUGAAAUUGUUGAAUGUAACGCGAAAGCAACUAUAUUAAUACACAACAUACACGCAUUGUAUAACACGUAGAAAUGUCUCGUCAACACGGGUGCAUGUGAUAAAUGUACAACACUAACUAGUUAAUACAAACUUAAAGUUAUGCUAUUUUUAAUAUUAUACACUGAUAAAUGAUAAUGUUGAAUCCAAAUGCGUAUAUAGACACACAAACAAUUUUAAAUUGAGCAACUAUAAAACAUCACCUUUUCACUGUUAGAUGCAACAACACAAGUUGGCAGUUUCAAAUGUGCAAUUUAUAUAACUUAGAUCCAAUCUAAAAUAUGUUUUAAUAAAAAAAAGAGUCUAUUUUGUGUAACAAUGGAA